AUGAAGCUUCUUUUCCUGCUUCUCACCAUCCUUCUGGUCAUGGAACCAGUGGUGUCAGAGAGCUGUUGGAUGGAAGGACGCUGCAGAUUGGUGUGCAAAGAUGAUGAGGACACCAUCACACGCUGCGCAAGUCGUAAACGGUGCUGUGUUCCUAGUCGUUAUUUAACACUUGAACCAGUAGUAAUUGAUCAGGGUCAACCCCCCUGGACUACUCCUCUGAAGCCCAAACCAGGCAAGCAUAAGAAAAAAAAGAAAAAUAAUCAUGGGUAG